CAGGUGAGGAGGCAGACGAAGGCAAAGACGCCAAGUCAGCCAAGGCCAAGCGCACACACUUCGGCCGCGCCGUUUCCCUGAAGAACUUCAUCAUGAGGAAGGGCAAGUCCAGUAGCGUGGACCAGGGCGAGGGCGCCAAGGAGGGAGAGGAGGCCGCGGAAGGAGGCGAAGCCGUGGAGGAGGAGGAGGGAGGCGCCGACGGRGAGGCCGCGGUGGCGACUGAGGAAACCAACGACAAAUCUGCCGCCGACAAGACGCCGGCGGAGGCGAGCGGGGCCGAGGCGGCGAAAGAACCCGAGGAGACACCGAGCGACGCUCCGGUCACCAACGGAGAGAACGGCUGCGCCAACGGCACGGCGGAGGAGAACGCAACGCAGAACCACCAGGAGGAGGAGGAGGAGGAGACGACAGAGAGCAGCCUGGUGAAGAAGAGCAAGGAGGUGGGAGGAGUGAAAGACGACGCCAACGCCAAGAUUAUCAACGCCACGGCAGCUGUGAACAGUGGUGAGUUGGAGUGCACUGAGCGGGACUCUGACGAGCCUCCACACAGCAACAAAGAAGAAGCUGAUAAACAACAAGCGCUAGCUAACAUUAGCAAUAAACAAACAAUACUCAACCAGGAAGUAGAGCUAACCCAGAGCAGGGAGGAGCAGCAGGAGGAGGAGGAGUCUCCACAAAAUGGAGGCUGCCACGAUGCUGGAAAUUCAUGUGACCAGGGAGAGUGGGAGGAGGAGGAGGAGGAGGAGGAGGAGGAGUUGAGGAAGAGGGAUCUUCGAGAUGCAGCAGUGGCUAUUGUUCAGAAUGUGAUGUCAGCAGCGACCGACCAAUUAGAGAGGGAGCUGUGCGUCAACAACGGGUUAAACGGCCACUAGACGCCGACGACACGCUUCUAUGCACAAUCUGCCCUUUUUCACUUUAACAACACAUUUAAACACGUAAACAAACAUUAAAUAACACAACUUAAAGCACA